GUGCAUGGACAGCAUAUUAGACAAAGAAAAGGUUAAGCAGUGUGCAGAGAGGGAGAGAGGGGCAGUUCGGAUUGAGAAUUAGUGUGAAAGGCACGAGACGUGAAGGGAACAAUAAAUGAGAGGGGGGAAAAGAGAAGGGGUGAUGAGGCUCAUGAUAACCCUCAUGAUCGUCACGUCGUUUUUCAAUCGCUACUCCCAAAAAUCUCCCAGAAUUCCACGCUUCUUCCUCACUGACUCCCUUCUUUGCUUUUCUUUUUUGCCUUUGUCCUCUCUCCCACUUUCUCUCUCUAAAUAGCCUAGUCAACCUCAUGUCCCCCUCACUUUGUCCCAUAUUAAGCCAACACUCUCUCCCAUCCCAUAUCUAUACUAGAAGAGUAGAGAGAGAGUGAUCAAUCCCCAUCUCUGAAUGUCUCAGACACAAAAUACUUCACACUAGUUUCACCCUUCAACUAACUACUCACUUUCAACAAUGGCCCUCACCUUCACCUCUUUCCCACCUUCAACCUAUGCCAUAUAUAACCCUUCUCUACUUUUCAUUUCAUCUAGCUAGGUCUUACCAUUUUCUGGGCCACCUUCACAUCACUCACUACCUAAUACCUUGCAUGUUCUACACUACUCAACACACCCUUUUUUGUUUCCUCAACUUCAACUACAUUCUCCCACUCCACUCCUCCAUUUCAAUUUCCAUUACCCUUGUCACAACCAUAAAGCACCCCCACUUUUCCUUUCCACUCCCCCUAAUUAUUACACUUCAUUGUUCUUGACUACUAUAUAUAGCUACUACCUUCAUUCUCCUAUUUAUAAACCUUUUUACCAUCUAGCACCACCACAAACCCUAGCUUUUGGUUUUUAAUAAGACUGCAGCAAUGUGGAUGGUUGGAUACAAUGAAGGGGGAGACUUCAACAUGGCUGACUAUGCAUUCAAUGGAAGGAAACUGAGGCCCCUCAUGCCAAGGCCAGUGACUUCUCCCAACAACACUUCAACCACAAACUCUCCAUGCUUGAGCCGCAUUCAUCAUGGCAACGAUUUCUUUUCACAAUAUCACAAUCUGGCAUCAGUGGCAGGUCAGGGGAAGAGAGAGUUCAACCCUCCACCAGUAGUGGUGAGUUCAAGGUGGAAUCCAACCCCGGAGCAGCUGAGAGCAUUGGAGGAGUUGUAUAGAAGAGGGACAAGAACACCAUCUGCGGAGCAAAUCCAGCAAAUCACGGCACAGCUUAGAAGGUUUGGGAAAAUUGAAGGGAAGAAUGUUUUCUAUUGGUUUCAGAAUCACAAAGCGAGAGAAAGACAGAAACGGCGCCGUCAAAUGGAGUCAGCAGCUGAGGGACAUCACACCCGUGACUUUGAUAGUACUCUUGAAAAGAAAGACUUAGGCGCAAGUAGGACAGUGUUUGAAGUUGAACAGACCAAGAACUGGGCACCCUCUACAAACUGCAGUACUCUUGCAGAGGAAUCUGUUUCAAUACGAAGGGCAGCAAAAGCAGCGGUUGCAGAGUGUAGAACAGAUGGAUGGCUCCAAUUCGAUGAAGGAGAGUUACAACAAAGGAAAAACUUUAUGGAGCGGAAUGCCACAUGGCAUAUGAUGCAGCUAUCUUGUCCUGCUCCUCCUACAGUUUCACCCCACCUCUUAAACACACCUCCUAUUACCUCUACAACUAGCAUGGCUACUACAACCACAGUAACAGCAAGAGUAAUGGACCCAAAGCUCAUUAAAGCCCAUGAUCUCAGCUUCUUUAUUUCACCUAACAGAGAAAACGGUAUUAUCCACUUAAGCAGUAUCAGCACCCAGGAUGAUAAUAAUUUUGUGGAAUCUCAAACCCUUCAACUUUUCCCCAUAAGGAAUGGAGAUGAAAGCAGUGAUGAUAACAUUAACCAGCAAAAAGAGACAGAUGUAUCAGCUUCAGCAAUGAAUGCGCCCAGCCAGUUUUUUGAGUUCCUUCCAUUGAAGAACUGACUUGAAACGUAGAAAACAAAAACUUGCUGUGUAUGUAAAAUGAUGGGACUGCGUUUAGAUAUUGUAUUUUGUUUCAAAAUAGCACUAUUUUUAAUGUUAUUGAUGUUAUGUUUCAAGAAUUUGGUGCUGUAAUGGUACACUGAAUUUGAAUGAGGUAUUUUGCCUUAAAAUG